AUGUUAGGACAGAAGAGGUAUGUGGGGUUACCUGCGCAGUGGCAGGGCAUCGUGAGCAACGCCCUGGACCGGGGGGGCCGCCCCCAGCCUCUCGUAGACCCCCGACACAUCACACAAGUCGAGCCGGGCCACCCCCCCAGCGUGGCCCGCAGCAACUCGCUGAGGUCAACGAGUCCGCCCCCCCCGCGGGGGCAGCAGCGCCCCCCACCGCCCCCCACCCUGCACGAGGGCAGGGAGCUGCAAUAUCCCCACGAGGGUCACCAUCUGCGUACACCAUCUGGUCCCUCCUCAGCUGGCUCCUCUAAUGCUUCUGGCCACCAGCAGCAGCAGUUCAAUGGACAUCCCCAACAACCCCCGCAUCCCCAGCAACCCCAACAUCCCCAGCAACCCCAACACCGCGUCAUGCACCACGCCUCUAACCCCUCCCUGCACUCCAUGGGUCCCCACAAUCCCCAAAAUUCCCACUUAGGGAGGCUCAAUUCCCACCAUGCUUCUAAUCCCCACCUGGCCCAUCCCCAACAUGGGGGUUCUGGGCCACAACAUGUCGGACCACAUCCCCAACAUGUCGGACCACAGCGUUUGUCUUUUAUUUUUAUGUUCAUUGGCUUGUUUGUUAUCGCACAACAACAGCACCUUCAGCAACAGCAGCACCAACAACAGCAAGAGGCGUCUGGCUUAACCCCGCCUUCGGAGUCUGAGAUGAAAUCUUUCGGGGUGAAGGGGAUUGAAGGAACUCAGGAAACUCCCCAGAAUCGUGGGCCUCCAUCCCCAGGAAAUCAUGCUUUCCAUCCCCCACCUCCAGGUCCCCCUUCAGGAGGAAGGGUGACCCAAGGCCCCCCAUCUGGAGGGGAUAUGGGGGAUCAGAACGGCAACCCCCACCAGAACGGAGGGGCGCGACCAGGCAUUCCAUCCCCAGGGAGUCAGUCUGGGGGUAGUGGGAGCUCCGUCCCUCCCUCUGGGGGAGGAGCUGGCACCCACAACCACCACCGUCUGUCCCACGACCAGUUCAGGGCCGCCCUGCAGAUGGUUGUAUCCCCCGGGGACCCACGGUCGAGGUUAUCAAACUUCAGCAAAAUCGGGGAAGGCAGCACCGGGAUCGUGUGCCUUGCCACGGACAACGCCACGGGACUUAAAGUAGCCGUCAAAAAAAUGGACCUCCGUCGUCAACAAAGACGAGAACUUCUCUUCAAUGAAGUGGUCAUCAUGAAGGAGUACCAACACCCGAAUAUUGUCCAGACACAUGACUCGUUCCUGGCGGGGGACGAACUGUGGGUGGUGAUGGAGUACCUAGCGGGUGGUGCCCUCACUGACAUGGUGUCACAGUCCCGACUGGACGAGUGCCAGAUCGCCACGGUGUGUCAGCAGUGCCUUAUGGCCCUGUCCUUCUUGCACUCUCAGGGCGUGAUCCACAGGGAUAUAAAAAGUGACUCGAUUCUUUUGGAUUUGGACGGACGUGUCAAACUUUCCGAUUUCGGGUUCUGCGCGCAAGUUUCCCCGGAUUUGCCAAAACGGAAAAGUUUGGUGGGCACACCGUACUGGAUGGCACCGGAGGUGAUCAGCCGUCUUCCUUAUGGACCUGAGGUGGACAUAUGGAGCCUGGGGAUCAUGGUCAUGGAGAUGGUGGACGGGGAGCCGCCCUUUUUCAACGAGCCGCCCCUGCAGGCCAUGAGGCGGAUCAGGGACAUGCCGCCCCCCAAGCUACGCAACGCCCACAAAGUCUCCCCGCGACUCCAGAGUUUCUUGGACAAGAUGUUGGUCCGGGACCCCAGCGAGCGGGUGUCUGCAGCAGACCUCCUGCAGCAUCCCUUCAUGAGGAUGGCAUCCACGUCUGCAGUCCUGCAGCCGCUCAUCGCCGCCCUGCAGCGUCCUGCUUAGAACUCCUGGCAUGUCUGCAGGCACGCAGGCUGUGACGGUUGCCAGCUUACAAACAAGAUGGUGACUGACAUGAUACAAUCUAGAUGACGGCUGAUAUGAUUCAAGAUGGCGGCUAACAUGAUGCAUUAAAGAUGGCGGCUGGCAUGAUGCAUUAAAGAUGGCGGCUGAAAUGAUGCAUUCAAGAUGGCGGUUGAUAUUAAAGAUUGCGGUUGAUAUUGUACAAGAUGGCGGCUGACAUUAUUCAAGAUGGAGGCUGACAUUAUUCAAGAUGGCGGCAGAUACGAUUCAAGAUGACAGCUGAUAUGAUUCAAGAUGGCGGCUGACAUGAUUCAAGAUGGCAGCUCAUAUGAUUCAAGAUGGCAGCUGACAUGAUUCAAGAUGGCAGCUGACAUGAUUCAAGAUGGCGGCUGCGGUGCUAAAUUAAAGAUGGCGGAUACAAAUAUUUACACAAUAGCAUUCACAAAAGGCCUUAACUUAGUGCCUGGUCUAGUAUUAAAGAGUUAUAUUUUGCACAUUUCUAUUGAGUUAAUCUUUGACCAUCUCGUUAAUUGUAAUACUGCGUUAAUUGAGAUGAAUUUUACCUCACUGUAUUUA